AUGGAUCCAUCAACUGAUUUUAUCGAAUCAAUGAUUGUGAAUCAAACUGUCGUUGCCAGCCACCGACGAACGAUAAGAACAACAGGCGACUCAUCGAUGAAAAAGUCAAAUCGAAAGCAACAGCAACAACAAGACUUAUCUCAUCGACGAAAACUGCGUAGUUCGAAUGUUGAAUCAGCAGAUAAUCAAUCACAGCAACAGCAAGCAACGUCAGUGAAAAAGGAACGAAAAAAGCGCAUGAAGAAGAUUGUCAAUGAAUUAGAACAGGACAUUACAAUCACUCCGAGUGUCGACGGAAGAAAUCCGAUCGAUGGACUCGACAACGUGCAAGUCAAAAAUGAAGAUGAUCUCGUGAAUAAUUGCUCAUUGAUCGAUGCAUCUCAUCCGAUGUUCGAUUCCAUCAUGGAUCAUAAUCAAUUCUGGCAACCAAAUCAAAUCAUCACGCCAACCGGUUAUUAUUUACCAGUACACUCCUCACCAUACGACCAUCAAUCAAAUGCAAGUUAUCAUUUAUCAACCAGUGAUAUCGAGAUUUCCAAUUCAUCCAUACAAGAUCAAAUGAGUAAAUCAAUCGAUAAUAAUAACAAUGGACACUCAAGAAAAGAUAAGUCACUUGGUUUACUCUGUCAGAGAUUUAUUUCAAUGUAUCCACCAAACGUUCAUCCUGGCGAAAUGAUUGUUAUCUGUUUGGAUAAAAUGGCUCGAGUGCUCGAAACAAAACGACGACGUAUUUAUGAUAUCGUUAACGUACUGGAAUCCGUCGAAACCAUGAGUCGAAUAGCAAAAAAUCAAUAUCAAUGGCAUGGACUCGGCAAUCUUGGUCACACACUGUCAAAACUUAAGACAUUGGCAUAUAAAUCUGGUUUUGUUGAAUUUGCUCGUUCGAUUCGUGAACAAAUCGAUCAAAUGGUUCUUUCUGGCCAACUGAAUACAGGUCAAGGUACGCAAAAUGAAGCCCUGAAAUGUAUUCAGAUCGUUUCGACUGGCAAAAAUGUUUCAUCUUCGGAAAACGACGAAGUUGCUCGUGAAGAAAAAGCACUCGGAAUAAUGGCACAGAAAUUUCUCAUGCUUUUUCUUACCUCCGAUCAAAAGUUCGCCGUCUAUAUGAUAUUGCGAAUUUAUCGUGGGCCUCGACCUGCUUUUCAAUACAUCGGGCCUCGAACAGAGAUUAUUCACCAUGCGGAAAAUGUAGUGGAUUUUAUCAAUUCAGAAAAUACCAAAUCGAAUUCGAAACAUUCACUAUUCGAUCAUUUCAAACGAAAUCUUUUUCUCAACUGUACAAUACCUAGAUUCGAUCCACGGAAUGGUUUACUCGGCUUGAAAAGCGCAUUAGACAUGAACGGGCGUAGUAGUUCCGGUGUCACAGUCACAGGUGUGUAUUCCAACACUGCUGGAGGAGAUGACGACAUGCAACAUCCGACCAGUAGUGAAAAUUCAUUGAAUACUCAACAUUCGCCAUUCUAUAUGCCAGACACAAAAAAACGGAAAUAUUCAAAGCAGAAUGACAUUGACAAUCAACAUAAAAGUAUUCUUGUUCCAUCAAUUGGAUUUGGCAAUACAUCAUCGAUGAAUUUUCUUCCACAAAUAACUGACUCCGCCUAUGUACAAUUCGCAGCACAUGACUCAUCGUUUACAUAUGAUUCUUCAAAUCUUAUUUCGUACAAUUGUCCUCAAACAUGGUCGUCGAAUGAUGAUAAUUCGAAUGCAUCAUUGAUAAAUAGUAAAGCAACGCGUCGGCGAACUUCAUCGGUCACUCCAAAUGGACCAAAACGACCUGUCGGUCGGCCACCGAAGAAACUUCAACAAGCGAAAACGGAUGAAAUCAUUGUUCAACAAUCAGAAUCGAAUUCUCUAAUCGAACCAUCAUCAUUUUCCGAACAAUCAUUAACUGUCAAAAGACAUCCACAAGAUUUACAGGACAUCAACGUCGAUAUCUUAACUUAUCAGAUGCGAAGUGUCCUUCCAUCAAUCAGUAAUUCGAUAAAUUUAACGAAUUCAUUAUUCAAACAAGAAGAUAUAAUCUCACCUCCGGCAACCAACGUUUUCCAAUACGAUGAUGAUCUAAUCGAAACAAAUACACUUCCGAGUAUCAAUUCGUUUAUGAAUAAAAAGUAUCUUCUUUGA